AUGGCUCUGCUCACAGGUGGGAUCUCAGCACACAAGAACGGCACCAGCAGCACGACAGGCAGCGGGUGCCCCAUGGUGCAGCAGCACCCGCGCUACGUGGCGGCCAAGAGGAACACGCCCGUCCACUUCAUCUGCUACUCCCACCACCCCGACAGCAUGCAGUGGUACAAAACAACAGAGAACAGUAAGGACAUCUACCAGCUGGAUCACAACACCUCCCACCACAGCAUCGAGAGGAAAGAGAACUUCAUCAACUUCACCAUCUUCAGGAUCGCCUACGAGGACAACGGCAUCUACGUGUGCGACAGCAAGAACCUCACGCAGGAGAAGAGGCGGCCACACUCCUGUGGGACAGAGCUCAGAGUCAUGGGUCACAGCAACAUCCAGCAGAUCCAGAACAGGAACACCCUGAAAGACGCCAUCAUCAUCAUCCAGUCCAUCCUGCUGGUCGUCUUCAUCAGCGUCCCCAUGCUCCUCUUCCUCGAUAAGGGGGAAAGCAAGCAGAGCCCAGAGGAGGACCACACCUAUGAGGGCCUGGAGGUGGAGCAGAUGGCCACCUAUGAGGACAUCACUCCUUUCCGGGACAUGAAGGCCAAGUGGACAGUUGGGGAGCACCCAGGUGAAGAGUGA